UGUUAGAAAUACAGAGAUGUUUGCAGCAAGUCACCAAAUUCGUGAAGAAUAUGCCAGUGCGUAUCAGUAUGUAUCGAGAUAUCACACAGGUAUUAUCUUGCGCGCUUUUCUAACAACCAAAAUUGAUUAAAGUUCGUGGGCGAAAUGGAUUAUUCUUUAGCAAUUGCGAUUUCUGUCGGUUGCUGUUCAAUUGUCUACGCUUUAAUAAGAUACUACUAUUCAUCUAAUGAUAAAAGGGAUAAAUUAUUAGAGUUAUCGGAUAUUUGGUGGACGCCCGGUACCGAAAACUCUGUCAGCAACGAUAUCAAACCAUACGAGAUCGCUUUCUCCGAAGAGCUCGUGAAAGAUUUGAAGUAUCGAUUAAAGCAUACUAGAUCUCUGACACCGCCGUUGAAAGACGUUGCCUGGAAUUAUGGUACUAACACGGAUGUUCUACGCAAAUUUUUAGAUUACUGGGCAGAUGAUUACAAUUUUCAGGAACGUCAGAAAUUUAUAAAUCAACAUCCACAUUUUAAGACUAAUAUCCAAGGAUUGGACAUACAUUUCAUUCGCGCGAAACCAAGUAAUGUGGACGAAAAACGGGUCUUACCACUGUUAAUCUUACACGGAUGGCCCGGCUCCAUAAUAGAAUUUUACAAGAUCAUCCCUUUAUUGACAACACCGAGACCAGAGCACGAUUUCGUAUUCGAAGUGAUAGCGCCUUCCUUGCCUGGAUUCGGUUUCUCCAGUGCAGCUACAAUACCUGGCCUCUCGUACAUUCAGAUGAGUGUGGUCUUGAAAAAUCUCAUGUUGAGGCUCGGUUAUGAUAAAUUUUACGUACAAGGGGGCGAUUGGGGCGCGUCAAUCACCAACACUAUAUCCACUCUGUUUCCGCAACAUGUGCUGGGUAUGCAUUCCAACAUGUGCUCGGUAAUGAAAAGACAGGUUCUAAUGAAACAAAUGCUGUACGGGUAUCUUUCUUCUUUCUUGCCUUGGACGAAAAAAACUGGCAAAUCACAAGCAUUUUCAUACAAAAGUUUCUUAGUAGAAACCGGAUACUUUCAUAUCCAAGCUACAAAGCCAGAUACAGUUGGGGUAGGGCUAACUGACUCACCUGCUGGUUUGGCAGCAUAUCUUAUCGAGAAAUUUUCGACUGGUACGAACUAUUCUUAUAAAUACAGGGCGGAUGGUGGAUUUCUGGAAAAAUUUACAUACGAUGAGUUGAUUGAUAAUUUAAUGAUUUAUUGGGCAUCCAAUAACAUUACUACAGCCAUGAGAAUAUACGCCGAAAUGUUUACCAAGGAAAAUUUAGUGUUGGGAAAUCUCCUAAAUUCAACAUUAGUAAAAGUUCCCAGUGCGUGUGCGCAGUUUCCCAAUGAGAUGAUGGAGCAGCCCCCAAAUUUACUCAGAACACGAUUUGUGAAUCUUUUACGCGUUACUAAAAUGCCUCGUGGUGGUCAUUUUGCAGCAUUCGAGGAGCCUGAAUUACUUGCAAAUGACAUAUGGGCCUCUAUUAACGAGAUGGAAGCAUGGAACAAAAAACAUAAUGAAAAUUUGUGAUUUAAUUUAACGCCUGCACGUGCGCACACAAGAAUAAGAAAAGUUCAAACUUGUAUUCGGAUCUUUAGAAAAGUUUUCAGAAACAAUUUAUAAAAGAAAGGUAAGAAAUAAUGUAAUGAAAGAGAAGAAGAAACAGCGCAAAAAAACAUAUCAGAGGAAAGCCUGAAUUUAAAGUAUAAUUUUUCAUUCGUUUUUUCAUAGAUAUAUAACUAUACAUGUAUUAUUCCAAGCCUUUUUCUAUUUUAAAACAGCAAUAUAUCUUUUAGAGAUAUGUAGAUUCUACUAAUAUAAUGUUAAUACUUUUAUAUAUACAGAAUAUAUAUAGUGAUGACUUAUUUUUAAGACUUAUUUUCAGAAGUUUUCUAUUAAGAAAAAUGAUGUAUUUUUUGUAUAAAUACAGAUAAAUGCGUUUCAAUAAUUAAAUGUUGAAAAAAACCGAAUAAAUAUAUUAUUUAUCUCA